AUGACGAGGAUGGCUGUGGAGGAGAUCGCAGACAAGCGGCUGAUGUUUGAGAUCUUUACACACGUUGCAAACUUCAUCUCCAUGUGUCCCAGGGAUGAGAAGCAAACUUUCGCCUCCUACGACAUCAGCAAGGGCGUUGAGGUGUUCACUCGGAUCCUGCAAGCUCACUCCGAUGCCCACGAGGAGAUGAGAGCGAGGAUGCGACAGGAGCAGGAGGAGGCCGCGCAGGUGAUCCGAAGGGUGGAGGAGGUGAUGACGAGGUUUGAGCGAGACUGCUGGCUGUUCGUCAAGGGAGCAUCGUCUUGUAUCAGAGCUCUCGAGGGGUUCACGUGCAAGGUAGAGGAAGUCGUGAUGAAGCUGCAAGGAUGGGUGGAGGGGGCGAGGAGGAGGAGGGACGCUGAGGAGGAGGAGGAGGAGGAGGAGGAGGAGAGGCGAACGGAAGAGGACAAGGAGAAAGAGGAGGAGGAGGAGGAGCGUUUUGUGAGUGCAAAGACGAUCCUGAAGCUAGAGGAGGAGCUGAGCUCCACAAGGGAAAAGAUGUCGCAGCUGCUGCGGGAACGAGCCGAGAGCGAGACUGUCCUGAUGAACGUGGGGAAGGAGGAGGAGCAGGCAGCAGAAGGCAUCAGCAGCCUGCCCGAGGACGCGCUCAAGGUGGUCCAGGCGCUGAUGCUGCCGGAGCAAGAGGAGGCGUCUUGCUACGAGAGCCCGUGGGUAGCCGAUGCCCCAGGUCUCCUCCUCCUCCCUGCGGUUUCCCUCUCAGCCAGGUCGCGGGAGGUCAGGCUUGCGUCCCCUUCCUCUGCCUCUUCCUCGCCCUUGUCUCUGCGGUGGGUGCAAGGAGAAAGCUCCUCGGUGCUGCAAGGCGACAAGAUGGCCACUGUUGGAGGCGCCGGAGGAAAGAUCGAUAGACUGGAGGAGGAGGAGGAGGAGGAGGUGAAAGAGGUGAGUGGAGAGGGGGAGGAUAAGAGGGGCAAGCAGGAGCACGAAAUGAAUGGAGGAGGAGAAGUAGGAUGGCGAAUAUCGUUGUCGUCCGAUGCCAGCAUCAAGGAAAUUCCAUCCAAGUCAGAAGAGCAGCGGGGGUGGGAGGUCCUCGGGAACUUGAUCGUGCGGGAGUGGAGGGAGAAGACACAGAGGAGAAGCAUAUGGGCAUGGGAGGAGGGUGCUGGGAGGAGGAGGAGGAGGAGGUGUGCAGCAGAGGAAAUCCGGAGGAGGCGGAGAGCUUGGUUCACGAUGGAAAUGCUCUCGUCUUGGUUGAGGAUGGUGGAGAGGAGUAGGAACCUGAGGAAGGCAGCCAUGGCGAUUGAGCAAGCGCAGCAAGCGGAGGUGGACGAGAUCGGACGGCGAUGCCUGUCAAGGUGGUCAGAUGCUCAUCUGAGAAGCUCCGCAUGCAAGAUAACGUGCAAGGGAGAGAUGAAGCUUCUGAUGAUCAGGAGCGUUGCAAGAUGGGGAGGGUGGGCGAGGGAGAGGAGGGAGGAGAGGGGCAGAGAGAAGAAGCUUCGAAGUCGAGGUCGUGCAAGUGUUCUCAGAGAAACCUUCUCCGUAUUCCAACAAGGUAGCGCAAGGCGCGAGGAGCUCCAUAGUGACCUGAAGAGGCUGGAGCGAUCAAGAGAGCUGCUAGCGGGCAGGAGAAUCUUUGCCUGCCUACUCGAGUAUUCCUUCCGUCGAAAGAGGAAGAGCAGAGCUGGGGAACGAGCGAAAGUUGUGGAAGAGGAGAGGAGGAGCACGUGGCAGGAGAUGUCUUGCAGAGAGCUUGGAUGCGAUGAGAAACGCUCGUUGCUGCAGGAUGUACGUCGUGCGGAAGAGGCGGAGGAGGGAGGAGGAAGGGCGUUCUUCUUGCCUCCAUUCGUGGAGGGAAUUAGUGGAGGAUGGGAAGCAGGAAGAGCUCUGGCGGAGAAGUUUGAAAGCUACCUCUGA